AUGAACGCGGGCGAUGCGGACCGACAGAUCAAGCAGAUGGUGAACUUCAUUCUGCAGGAAGCGCAUGAGAAAGCCAACGAGAUCCGCAUCAAGACGGAGCAUGAUUUUAAUCUGGAGAAGCAGCUGCUGGUGCACAAUGCGAAGCUCAAGAUCCAGGACGAGUACAAGCGCAAGGAGAAGGAGCGCGAAGUGAACAAGCGCAUUGCUCGCUCGGCCGAGAUCGGCGCGUCGCGACGCCAGAAGAUGAUCGCUCGUGACGAGCUGCUGAAGAUGCUCAUUGCAGACGGUCAGAACCAGCUGAAGAGUUACACGACCUCGGACGACAAGAACAAGGAGCUGCUGCGUGAACUCAUCGUGCAAGGCCUGAUCAAGCUGUUUGAGGCAGACGUGGUGGUGGCUGUGCGCGUCAAAGACGUGCCACUCGCAGAGAUGGUGUUGAAGGAGGCCACGGAAAAGUAUAUUGCUAUUGUAGAGAAGGAGGCCAACCAGGACGUGAGCAGGGUGAAGGUGACACUCAACAAGGCUGCUGACGGCAUGGUGUCGGACGGCAAAGCCGGUGGCGUCAUUUUGUAUGCGAAGCAGGGCAAGAUCGUGUGUGACAAUACAUUGGACACGCGAUUGAGCCAGAUCUACUACGAUCUGAAGCCCACGGUGCGCAAGAUGCUGUUCCCGACUCCGUAA